AUGGCUAGGGAUGGCGCGAAUUUGGGCAGCUGGUCCAAUGCUGGGGCAGCAUAUACAGAUAUCCGGCGCUCUUUGCGACCACUUCCCCAGGCGCCCAACCCCUCGGCUGCUGCGACAAAGAAGGCUACUUCUCGCCAUUCAAGAAGUCAAACUGUUGAUGAGUCUCAUUACUGGAAGGAAAAUCGCCCCACGACACCCGAGUCGCGCCCCAUUUAUGGGGAGAAUAUUAGGCCUCUCAGCGAGAGAGCUUUGAAUCCGCAAACCCCUCCACGGGCAAGUUCGCCUCAUCAUGUAUCCCCCUCUGCCGUUUCGCUCCAUCGUCCACAACUGAAGGCGAAUCAUGGUCAUAGCCUAUCCAAUCCACCACCAAUUACGACCGCUUUGACCGCUCCCGACCUUGAAACCUUGAAAAAAUCAUCAACAGGGCAUCUUCGCACUCUUUCCAAGUUCGCCCAAUCUGGGGAAGGUGAAGAAUUCGGGCUUGACACCUCCACACCCUCGGUGGUUGGGUUGCAGGGAAGGCGGAGGUUGAAGCGUGCUGAUUCCGUAGCAGGUGCUAGCCCACGAUCCCCCCAGAAAAAGACUGCAUCGGCGUGGGCAGCUGGUAACUGGAUGGAUAAGCAGCGGCAAUUCCUUCAAGCAUAUGAGUAUCUUUGCCAUAUCGGAGAGGCGAAGGAGUGGAUCGAAGAAGUCAUUCAAAAGCAAAUUCCGCCGAUCGUUCAACUAGAGGAAGCCCUCCGGGAUGGUGUGACACUGGCGGAGGUCGUCCAAGCAAUGUACCCCAGUCGCACACUACGCAUCUUCAAGCACCCAAGACUACAGUAUCGACACUCGGACAACAUAGCUUUGUUCUUCCGGUUUUUGGAUGAUAUCGAAUUGCCCGAAUUAUUCCGAUUCGAACUGAUCGAUCUGUACGAAAAGAAGAACAUCCCCAAAGUAAUUCAUUGUGUGCAUGCGCUCUCGUGGUUGCUAUUUAAAAAUGGCAUGCUUGACUUCCGAAUGGGCAACCUUGUUGGUCAACUGGAGUUUGAGCAUCACGAGCUUGAACAAAUGCAGAAGGGUCUUGAUAAGGCGGGUGUCAGCAUGCCGAGCUUCACAGGCAUGGCUGCAAAUUUUGGGGCAGAGCCUGAACCGGAGCCCGAGCCGGAAUCCGAAGAGGAUCGAAUCGAUCGAGAACUGCAUGAAAAUGAGGCCUUUAUCAGUGACUUUCAGGCUCAGAUUAAGGGAGCAAUGUUGAGACUGAAGCUGGGCAACUUGAUGAAUGAUCUGUGGGACUUUGAGCCCCAACUUGUCGAACUGCAAUCUAGAGCGCGUGGAGAUUGGGCGCGCCAGAUCAUUGACUAUAGAUUGAGCAUGAGGCAGUUCGCGAUUAAUCUGCAAGCUACUUGCCGAGGAUUUCUUGUACGCUCCCAGCAGCAAGGUGACAAGGCAAGCUGGGAGGCCCAGGAGCAGUGUGUUCUGCAGCUUCAAACCCUUGUCCGAGCAUCGAGAGCGAGGGCUCAGAUAAAUCGUCUUCAAAGUAAGAUGAGAAAAGAGGAAUCGGGCAUCAAGAACAUUCAAGCGGCACUUCGAGGAGCUUUGCAACGCAAAGUGGUCUUUAACCUCUGGAACGAUACAAGAGACGCGGAACCCCAAGUGACCUCAUUGCAGGCUGCUAUUCGAGGAUAUCUUCACAGACAACGUGCUCAAACCCACCAAGCACAUACGAGAGACGCAGAGCCCCAAGUCAUAUCAAUGCAAGCUGCUGUUCGAGGAGCUCUCCAAAGGCAGAAUCUUCAGACCCAGCAAGCAUGUAUGAAAGAUGCGGAGCCUCAAGUCACUUCGUUGCAGGCGGCUAUAAGGGGGGCCCUUCAGAGACAAAAGGUCCACUCCCAGCAGGAACAAACGCGAAACGCCGAAGGCCCUAUUAAGAUGCUUCAAGCGGUCAUCAGAGGCGCACUUCAACGAAAACAAAUGAAUGUGCAAUAUGAUGAGAUAGAAAGCACGCGGAACGACGCAAAGUCGCUACAGGCGGCUAUUCGAGGAAUGUUGACUCGAGGAUCCGUUACGCAAACCAGGAGCCUGCUGGACAAAGAGGUUCCAUCAAUAAUCCUCGUUCAAGCAGGUGCACGGGCUUUGGCUACCCGGAAUCAACAAUCUUCGUUGGCUGAAGCCCUGGACAAGACACAAAAUGAAUGCGUUGCUUUGCAAGCGAUGAUUCGCGGUUCUGCUUCCCGGGGAAACACUUCCGCUCUACGAGACGAGCUAAUGCGACAUGAAGCAUCAUUUAUCGAUCUACAAAGUGUGGUCAGGGCACAGGCUCUGCGAUAUGCUUUGGAAUCUCAGCGAAAGUCUUUGAAGGAAGAAGAGCACACAAUUCUUGACUUACAAUCCAUGAUUCGGGGCGUCAUCUUCCGCAGGCAAUUGGAAGCUGAUUUAGAUGAUCUUCGAACGGAUGAACAUAUGAUCGUCGGCCUCCAGUCCCUUACUCGAGCAGCACUCCUCAGAAUGGACGUUGGCGAAAUACUCAACCAACUCGAAGACUGUGAAGACGAAGUGGUGCAACUGCAGGGACUAGCACGAGCGAUGAUGAUCCGAUUGGAGGUUGGCCAGACUCUGGUUGAUCUAGAAGCUGAGGAGGAUGUCGUUGUAGACCUUCAGUCGCAUAUCAGAGGAUAUCUUGUGCGAUCGAAAUUCGAAGAAAAACGUCGCUAUUACCGACAGAACAUGGAAAAGGUCAUCAAGGCCCAGAGCUUUGUCCGAGGAAGGAUCCAAGGGCAAGCUUACAAGAGUCUCACAAGCGGAAAGAACCCUCCUGUAGGAACCGUCAAAGGCUUUGUUCAUCUUCUCAAUGACAGUGACUUCGACUUCGAUGAGGAGAUUGAGUUUGAACGAACGAGAAAACUGGUUGUCCAACAAGUUCGGCAAAAUGAGAACGCGGAGCAAUACAUCAGUCAGCUUGACAUCAAAAUUGCCCUCCUGGUGAAGAAUAAGAUUACACUUGAUGAAGUUGUCAAGCAUCAAAGUCAUUUUGGUCUCCACAUUGGUGCCCUGCUCCCCAACACCGAAAUCUCGUCAACAGAUCCGUUCGACCUCAAAGCGCUCAAUAAGGAGUCACGAAGGAAGCUUGAACAAUACCAAGUGUUAUUCUUUCUCCUUCAGACGCAAUCACAGUACCUCGCGCGGCUCUUUAGGAGACUUCGCGAAAUCAAGACAGCCGACAAAGAGUAUGAGAGAAUCAGGCACUUGAUGAUGGGGCUGUUUGGGUAUUCUCAGAAGAGACGUGAGGAGUACUAUCUCAUUAAACUUCUCGCCCGCUCUGCCCGGGAGGAUAUCGAAAGCUUCGAUUCCAUGCAUGAAUAUCUGCGUUGCAAUUCUUUCGCAAACAAGCUUUUCGCGUCGUACAUCAAGUCUCCCCGGGAUCGAAAGUUCAUGCGUGACGUCCUAGGACCUGUCGUUAGGGAGUACAUCGUCGACAACUCAGAGUUAGAUCUAGAGAGUGAUCCGAUCCAGAUCUACCGCUCUGCUAUCAACAAUGAAGAGCUCUGCACUGGCAAGCGUAGUCGUCGUCGACUUGACAUUCCCAGGGAAGAAGCAAUCCGAGACCCUGAGACGAGAGCGACAUUCAUCAAGCAUCUUCAAGACAUUCGGGAUAUUGCCGAUGCUCUCUUUGCUGCACUCCAGGAAUAUCUAUAUCGCAUGCCUUUCGGCGUUCGGUAUUUUGCUCAGCAAAUGUAUGACAGCCUCCUCACCCGCUUCCCUAGCGAGGACCCUGGAUUCAUUUUGCAGACCGUCGGCGCCUGGGUGUGGAAAAACUACUUCCAGCCCGCCAUCCUAGAGCCAGAGAGGCACGGCGUCUUCGACCGGGGCAUGACGCAGGAGCAGAAGAGAAACCUGUCCGAAAUAGCAAAGGUCAUCGGUCAGGUGGCUUCCGGUAGGCUCUUUGGUACGGAGAAUGUGUAUCUGCAGCCGCUCAACACAUACGUCGAGGAUUCAAUUCAACGACUAGGACAAAUAUGGGGCGACAUGAUUUCUGUUCAGGAUGCUGAAUCGUACUUUGAUAUUGACGAAUUCAACGACCUUUAUGCAAAAACGAAACCAACUCUCUACAUCAAAAUGACGGAUAUCUUUUCCAUCCAUCAACUCGUGGCCUCAGAAAUCCAGUUCAUCUGCCCGAGUCACGAUGACAUCCUAAAAGAGGUUAUUCGAGACCUUGGAAACGUUAAAUCCAACGAAAACCAGUUGAUGAGUGUCAAUUCUUCUGAAAUAAGCUUGACUUUGCAUCCGAAGCUUGCGCAGGUUGAAGACCCGGAAGCUGAUGUGAAGGCUCUCUUCAUGGAGACAAAGCGUUGCAUCCUCUACAUCAUUCGCGUCCAGACAGGCGCGAAUCUGAUGGAGGUUAUGGUCAAGCCACCUACAGAAGAAGACGAGGAGAGAUGGAUGACGCUGGUUCGCGACGAACUAAGCACCAACAACAGUCGACGAGGCGCAUACUCCGAAGCCAAUACCUUGGUUGAUAUUGGUUCAAUGACCUACUCGGAGCUUAAACGGACUGCACUUGAGAAUAUUCUCCAUCUUGAGCAGACUGGUAAAAUCCGUCGUGAUAACCACUACCAGGACCUCCUCAAUGCCAUCGCAAUCGAUAUUCGGACCAAGCACCGACGCAGGAUUCAGCGGGAACGAGAGCUGGAGAGCGCCCGCUUAACGCUAGGACGUCUGAACGAUCAAGCUAUCUGGCUCGAGCAACAGCUGAACACGUACAACGACUAUAUUGAGCAGGCAAUGAUAACACUACAGAACAAAAAGGGGAAGAAACGUUUCUACAUGCCAUUCACCAAACAGUGGGAUCACCAGCGUGAGCUGCAGAAAUCGGGCAAGGUAUUCAAGUUCGGUUCCUACAAGUAUUCCGCUCGCAACCUUGCGGACAGGGGUGUGCUUGUUCACUGGAAGGGAUACAGUGAGCGACAAUGGGACCGGGUUGACCUUACCAUCUCGAGUAAUGAAGUCGGCGUCUUCACAAUUGACGGUAGCAGUGGCCCAAUGAUGGUCCCUGGUGCCAAUGCCCAGAUACCGAUGGAUGAUCUGUUGCAGGCACAGUUCAACAACCUGCAGUUCCUGGACUUCUUCGAGGGGCAUCUACGAGUUAACCUCAACCUCUUCUUCCAUCUGAUCAUGAAAAAAUUCUAUAACGAAUAA